CUUCCCUCUCUAACACACACACACCAGGAGGAAGCAGCCACUUGACCAUUCUCACCCAAAAUCCACUAGGUGCAAGAAUACAGAUGCACCUUGCCACCUUUCCUCUCGUCUACUAGAGAAAAGACACUUCAGGUUGCCAAGUCGACAGCCAAGCCGUUGCUAAUCUCUCUCUCUCUCUCUCUCUCUCUCUCUCUGCACAAGCACGGAGGCAUCUCUGUGACUCUGUGUGUCUCCGAAAUCUGAAUCUCCAUGUUACCGCAAGCUGAGCAUGUCCUGUGACACAAGCUGCUGCCCCUGCCCGUGCACAUGCUACCCGGCCGGCGCAGCUAUUAACCCGCCCGAGCCAUGCGCCUUUGCGCCCACCGCGUCCUGACGCCGCCAUGCUCGGCGCACCCGGCCACGACGGCGACGACGCCGCGGAGCGCGCGCAGGAGCAAGCCGCCGCCGCCGCAGCAGCAGCAGCCGACGAUGCUCCCUCCUCGCCAAGAGGUCUCGUGGUCGCGAGCGCCGGUCUCCUCCACCGCGGCGACGUCGACGGCGCCCGGCGCGCGACGGCUGAGGUCCUGUCCACCAUGGACCAGCGGGGCGACGCGGCCGACCGCCUCGCGCACCACUUCGCCCGCGCGCUCGCUCGCCUCGUGGACGACAAGGCGGCCGCCGCCGGGGGCGGCGACGUCGCCGCGGCGCCCGCGGGAGGGGCUCCGCCGCCUGCGCCCCCGGGGCCGACGGCGUACCUGGCGUACAACCAGAUCGCGCCGUUUCUGCGGUUCGCGCACCUGACGGCCAACCAGGCGAUCCUCGACGCCGCCGCUAGCACCAGCGGCGGCGCGCGGCGGUUGCACAUCGUCGACCUUGAUGCCGCGCACGGCGUGCAGUGGCCGCCGCUGCUCCAAGCCAUCGCUAACCGCGCGGACCCCGCCGUCGGUCCGCUUGAGGUCCGGAUCACCGGCGCUGGACCCGACCGCGACGUGCUCCUCCGCACGGGGGACCGUCUCCGCGCCUUCGCCAGCUCACUGAACCUCCCCUUCCGUUUCCACCCGCUCCACCUCCCCUACUCCGUGCAGCUCGCCGCCGACCCGAACACCGGGCUGGAGCUGCACUCGGACGAGACUCUGGCCGUCAACUGCGUGCUCUUCCUGCACAGGCUCGGCGGCGAGGGCGAGGUCGCCACGUUCCUGAAGUGGGUUAAAUCCAUGAACCCCGCCGUGGUGACCAUCGCCGAGAAGGAAGCCAAUAGCAUCGGCAGCGACGACUGUUCCGAUGACCUGCCGCGGCGGGUGACUGCGGCGAUGAGCUACUACUCGGCCGUGUUCGACGCCCUGGAGGCGACGGUGCCGCCGGGCAGCGCUGACCGCCUCUUGGUGGAGAGCGAGGUCCUCGGCAGAGAGAUCGACGCGGCGCUGACGCCGGGUCGCGUCGGCGAACACUCCUGGGGGUUCGAUGCGUGGGCCUCCGCCGCGCGUACCGCCGGGCUCUCGCCUCGGCCGCUCAGCGCGUUCGCGGUGUCGCAGGCGCGGCUGCUGCUGCGGCUGCACUACCCGUCGGAGGGGUACGUCGCCGAGGAGGCACGCGGCGCGUGCUUCCUCGGCUGGCAGACGCGGCCGCUCAUGGCGGUUUCGUCUUGGCAAUAGACAACGUGAAGCGGCCAGCGCUGACUCUUGGACCUUGUCGUGCAUACCUACCUGGUGUGCUCUUCUGCUUCGCCAUGAUUAAUGUGGCAUCGAUCUUGCUGGCUACCUAAACAUGGAUGGCACCUGCAUGCACCACUGCAUUGCCGGCAACAAGCAAGGAGCCAUGACACUUGUGGAUCGAGUGUGGCAAUCUGAUCUGUUACGCGGUUGAAGAGAUUUAUUUGGUAAGAUUUUGGAUGGAAGAAGACCGCGCCCCUGCGUGCGCCCAUGGAUCUAGGGGGAAAUGAACACUAGCCAGAGGAGAGGAGUUAAGUUACCAGCUGCUUGGCCACCACCACCAUUCUCAUGGAUGAUGGCCAAAGGCAUGGCGGCUAGCUUCUCAAACUUGCAAGGUCGAUACUACUUUUGGUUUAGUGCAAUGGCGGAUGAAGGAGGUGGAGGAAGAAGAUGCGAUGGCGUGCGUGAUGGACACGUUGCAUGGAAACGCACCAUUGGGAGAUCCAUGCUAGGAUCUUUGGCAUAAUUCAAUUGUUCAACUUGGGGCCGGCCGGGCACGACAGCCGCAUGACUGCAUGCAUGCGCUGAUGACACCCCUGAAUAGGAGCGGACGGGAUGAUACAAUAACCCACGAGAUUAUACUGUACUGCUUACAUUGCAUUGCAUUGCACCCCUCAAAAAUGAUGCGAAAAGAGCCCACGCAGCCAAGAGACAAGAAGGCAAAGUGAGGCUCUGCAUGCUUUGGCACCGCAAGAAGGCUCUGCUCUUCCUAUUGAUUUGUUGAAUUGGAAUCAUGUCAUUGUUCUGUUGCCGUAAGCGAUAUGCGCGCAACCGGCUUGAGCGUAUAUAUGUAUAUCUAUUUGCUUCAGAUAUCGCCAUGCAAAAAUAGCAUAGUAUAACUAGCUAAAUUAUCGUCUGCGCGUUUCAAGGUUCAUGCCUCCGUAAUUUUUGAUCAACAAUAAAUAUAUAUCGUUGGAUCGGACUCGUAUUUGUUA